UUAAGUGUCUCACCCACAACGACCACAUCAAAUACAACAGCAACAGCAUAUACGAAGGCAGCAACAGCAGCAGAUAUAAUUUUAACAACCACAACACCAACAACAACAUCAACAGUAGCUCCGGCCAAGUUUAUUAUAGAUUCCAUUAUACCCUUUUCCAGCAAUUGCAACAAAAGCAACAACAACAACAUCAUCACAUCACUCAUCAAUUCAACUACAGAUGCCGCCAACACCACCACCAACAACUGCAGCAGCCACACAUCCCCUUUCAACCUUAAAACUACCAUAAAUAAUUUAAAAUCUUCCCCCACAACAACAACAACACCAACAUCAUGCUGUCUACACGACGAUUUAGCAGAGGAUACCCAACCAACCAUACCCACCAUGGCUGGUGAUCUAAUACUAACCCAUGAACAGCAUGAAUUUCAUCUUGAAGGCAACAUCGAAGAAUUACCCCCAGUUCUAGUACAGGCCAAGGACAAGCAGAAACUUACCGGCGAAUUUGCUUAUUUCUAUCCCUAUGAUGGUUCUGAGCCUUCUCUACUCUUAAUAGGUAAAGAUUUUUAUAUUAAUGUAACACCUCAAUUAAGUUGAUUUCCUCUCGAUCAAGUGCAUGAAAAAUCCUCCCCAGUAAAGAAGACAUUUAUAUAAGUUUUCUUUGCUAACACGCCCAAUGAACGAGAUCACUCACAUCAACCAUUUAAUUACUACAGCAGAUAUAGUUUUAGUUUCUAAUAUAUAAUAGAAUUAAAUAGAUAAUACAGUAAUAGUUAUAUAAAUGUGACCAGCCCCUCUCCCUUCCCUUUCCAUUCAACCCCAUUCCUUACAUCUUAUACUUUUACAGAUUUAGGUCUUGGUAGUCCCUUAAUAAUCCAUUAAUAUUCUUUUUCCAUUAUUUACAGGGUUUGGAAGUUUUUUUUUCAUAUUUCUUGUCUUUUUUUCAAUUUUCUUCUACUUUUUUUAACAUUUUCUAGUCGUUAACGAAUUUUUUUAAAUUUUAAACAAAAUUUUUAUUUUAAAUACACAUU